UCUUGAUCGGUACAGCUUUACUUUGCAAUUUUGAACCCCGACAACAAAAACUUGUAUUACCUUAAAACUAAACCCAUGGUCACGAUUUUUUGUUUGUUUAUAACGUUAUGAUUCAAAUUUUAUGGGUUGAAAAUUCACAACGAUGCAGUACAAAUGUUUUUAUGACUAUCCACACUUAAUAAAACAAUGUCAAUAAUAUUCAAGCAGAUGUCUAUUCCCAUUCAACACGCUGCACUGCAAAAAUAAUGAUUAACGCCAGGAAUACAAAGAAUAUCCUAGUAUUGUUUUCGUAAUGAAAAGAAGAAGAAGCAUGCCGUGUGAUAAAUCAUUAAAACACUAUUUGUUAAACUCCAUUUCAUUUUUGAUCUCAAGUUUUAAUUCUUUGCAACUCAAAUAGGGUGGUGCAGGAAUGGCCGGUAGAAAAACUGCAUUUAUCUUCUUACUGAUGGACGCCAGGACAGUUGCCUUGGUGACCUCCGCUGUUACAUGGCUUUGUCUGCUUGCCCCAACACCUCAAGCAAGAGAGUUUGUCUCCCGAGAUGACCCUAAAUAUAAAUUCGCAGUUUUUGAUGUUGUCAAUGACCACAAGCUAGAAGGCGCGCCCAUGAGAACUCGUUAUCGGGUCAGCGACAUUGCGUGCGCAUCUCAGUGCGUGGGUGAACCAUCAUGCAGUUCGGUAAACUACCGUCGUGUCGAUGGGUCAUGUGACUUGAUGCCUACAACGAAAUAUAAUGCGACACUCAAGUGGGUCAGCGGCUUCGAGCAUUUAUUCAUCAAGUCGGCGUGCGACUCAUCGCCGUGUCGUUAUGGAAACUGUCAUCCACUUAUCAACAAUGGAUCAUACCGCUGUACAUGCAUUAAGCAAUUCUACGGACGCGAUUGCGAUAAGUGCAAUGGAACGGCGCUGGGAAUGGAAGAUGGACGUAUUGUAUCCGCACAGUUAUCCCAGUCCUCGUUUUACAGAGAUGACCCAAAGUAUGGUACAGACCGCGGGCGGCUCAACCUUGACAUCUGGCCAAUGGGAGCCCAUCUCAGAUCCGAUGAUGUGGACGGUGGCUGGUUUAAGAUAGACUUAUACACGACUAAGAUCAUCACCGCGUUUGCAAUGCAAGGGUAUGGUAGACCCAUUUCUAUCGAUCGCGUCGAGACGUUCCAGAUCUGCACCUCUGAUGAUAAUAACGACUGGGUGUUUUUAGAGAAAUCCCCUGGAGCCCCAAAGAUCUUCCCUGGAAACAACAACAACAAUGAAACAGUAACUACCACCUUCUCGCCACCAUUGAUGUCUCGUUAUUUUCGCAUUGUGGCGAAGACUUGCGGCAGAGCAUGUGCCUUGCGGAUGGAAAUCUACGGGUGCGAAAAGUUGUUGAACCAACUCUCGUAACACCAUACGUUGUACAUAAUGAUAAGGAUUCAUUAGUGGAAAGUAAAGCGCAACAUCGUUCAGUUUUGUUGGUUCUUUAGCCUACUCUCUCGUUAUUUUGUGACUUUGUGGAGUUUGAAAAUUGGUUCGGAUAGAACUCCUUGUUAGCUUCAACUAGAAACUAAUUUUCAGUCUAUUUUACUCGGAACACGUGAAGUCCCUGCUGACUUUUUUCUCUUGUGUUUCGCUACCAGAGGGUUCAAAUUGGACGGUGUUGCGCUAUUUAUUUAUGAGAUCGUUUUUUAGUGAAGUAUUAUUCUGACGUGUAGAAAGUGUUUUCCACGAAACAGGCUUGCAUGCAUACAUUGCCUAUCUUUGAACUGUUGAAUCCUGUAUAUUUUGUUAGUAGAAAUCAAUACACAUUGCCUAUUAUUGAACUGUUAAAUAUUGUUUCACACUGCCUAUCCUUGAACUGUUGAAUAUUCUAUAGUCUAUUGACUAUGUCAGGACGUCCCAGAACUGCACCUUUGAUGGUGCUUUGAGAUCUCCCCUGAAUCCCCACGUCCUUGUGUACGAGCUAUUUGAAAUCAGAUUUUUGUGUGUGUA